GUUGCCCUAGCAACUGGCAGACGAACUGGAAAAAAUGGCGGCUGAGGCCUGCAUGGCUGGAGGAGACUCAGCUGCAGCAGAACCCAACCCGGCCUGGAUCGAAUCCGGGCUCUGCUUGCAACGCUACCUGGCGCGGCUGAAGGCUCUGAGGCUCGCCCCCGACCCCAGCCAGGCCCCGGGAGGGGAGAACGCCAGCCGCCGCCGCCCCGAGCUCCACCUGCUCUUCGACGAGCUCAUGUCCGAGACAUGCGGCCCGGGAGGAGCGGCGCCGUGGGGACCGAAGCCGGAGGACAUUUGUGAACUAAUUGUCCAAGCUUGUAAACUAGUCCAGCUUAAUCAAGAACAUCUUGUCAAUAAAGUGUGCCAAUUAAUUCACCAGCUGCUCAACAGAUUCCAGGUUGCACUUGAUGAAGAGAGCCUGAAUUAUCUGAUGCCUUAUUUCAUCUCUGCUCUGAGAAAAUGCAGCACCUGGACGCAUGUUGAAAUUCUGCAAGCCUUGGCGGCUUCUGUCUACAACAAUGGACACAAGUGCCAAAAGUAUCUCCCAGAUUUGCUGGGGGAAAACGGACUUCUGGUGCAGUUCAGCAGCCCGGCUGAAACUGAUGCUGAAAGGAAAAGGGCUGCGAUACACAGCAUGGCUAACCUGUGCUUCAGCCUACCUGGACAGCCCUACCUGGAGGAAUCAUACAGAGAGAUCUGCUUUCAGGCUUUCCUGAGCAUCUUACAGUCUUCCAAAGGAACUGAAGUAGAUGACAUCACCUUUUCCAUGCUGCUACAAAACUCUUUGAAAGGAAUCCAGUCGCUCUUAAACGGAGGAAAGAUGAGGCUGACCCAGACUGAUCACCUUGGUUCCCUCCUUGCUGUGUUGAAGAAAUGCAUGUUUCAUGGACUCCCUGGAAUUAACAUAGAAAUGCCCAGCAUCUUAUAUCCAGCACUCCUUCCUCAGUACGACAGUCGGUCACCCAUCGAGCAAGAGAAGUUGGAGCAGAACAGUGUUAAACUGAGCGGGAACAGGAGGAAGAAGCCGAAAGGAAAACCGAAGAAAGGGAAGCCGGAAGAAGAAGGAGUAAAAGAGCAGCCAGGAGGUGCCGAAGGAGGCAGAGUGGAGAAGCCCACAUUAAAGGAUGAGUUAUCGCAAGAUCGGGGCUCGAAGAUGACAAAUUGGGCAUUCAGUGAUAAAUAUCCCUCACUUGCGAAAGAGCGUUUAUCUUCCCACGCUUUCAGCUGGAAGAGAAUCAGCAGCAGUGACUCAGAAUAUUCUGAUGCGGAAGGUGGAAUGCAGAGCAAAACAAGGUCUUUCCAAGCUAAAGUUCGCCAAGGGGCUUUAACCUGCUUCCUUUCCACUGUGAAAUCCAUAGAGAAGAAAAUCCUCUACGGUUACUGGUCAUCAUUUAUUCCCGAUGAGCCUGGAAUAGGAAGCCCACAGACGGUGUCUUUGAUGACAAUUGCUUUAAAAGAUCCUUCCCCUAAGACUCGGGCCUGUGCUUUCCAAGUUCUCUCCGCCAUUCUGGAAGGUUCCAAGCAAUUCCUGUCCAUUGCCGAAGAUGCCGUUGAUCACAAGAGAGCAUUCACCCCCUUCUCGGUGAGCAUUGCCUCCAGCAUCCGAGAACUUCACCGGUGUAUGCUGUUGGCUUUGGUGGCCGAAACCUCGUCCCAAACCCUCACCCAGAUAAUCAAGUGCCUUGCCAAUCUAGCCUCAAAUGUACCGUACAGCCGCUUGAAGCCUGGUCUGCUAUCAAGAGUAUGGAACCAGAUAAAGCCGUACAUUAAACAUAAAGAUGUUAACGUUCGAGUGUCAAGUCUCACUUUACUGGGUUCCAUCGUGUCGGCUCAAGCCCCUUUGCCAGAAGUGCAUCUCCUUUUGCAGCAGCCUACCUCUUUGGGGAUGAGCGACGGCACACCCAGCCUGCCGCUCCGUUCCGGUGCACCUGAAUGGCGUAGAGAACCCGUUCUGGUCUCAGGAGAACCAUUGCUUGCCCUGGAGAAGACACCAACUGAGCCCUGUUGGCUCCUGCGUCUCUGCAUCUCUCUUGCUGUGUUGCCCCGAGAAGAUUGCUAUUCGGAUAGUGACACCAGCUGCCCGUCAACGGUUAGCACCUAUGAACCCUCGCCAGUUCGCCUGGAGGCACUGCAGGUUUUAGCUCUGCUUGUGAAGGGCUAUUUUAUCCUCGCUCAAGGCUGUUUAUUAGAACUUGGCGAAGUGGCUUGUAAAUGCAUGGAGGAAGCAGAUCCAUCACUUCAGCUCCAUGGGGCAAAACUUCUGGAUGAACUUGGAGUGGGUAUAAUACAACAGUACAAGCCAGACCUAGUUGCAGAUCAGCGGGUACCCAUUGAUGUGGUUGUGACAUUCUGGACAAGGAUGCUUAAUGGACCUUUACCAGCUGCCCUCCAAAACUCCGAGCACCCAACUCUCCAGACCAGCACCUGUGACUCCCUCUCUUCUAUUUUGCCCGAAGCUUUUAGCCGUCUCCCCGGUGACAAGCAGAUCCUUUGCAUCACAGUCCUCCUGGGGCUCAGCCACAGUGAGAACCCUCUGGUGAAAGCCGCAGCUUCACGGGCGCUCGGGGUGUACGUUGUCUUCCCUUGCCUUCGUCAGGAUGUGAUGUUUGUCGCUGACACAGCCAACACAAUUCUGAAUUCGCUUGGUGAUAAUUCUCCAAAUGUCCGUGCCAAAGCCGCUUGGUCUUUGGGGAAUCUGACAGACACUCUAAUCAUCAACAAGGAGCUAAUGGGACAAAGCUUCCAGGAUGAAUUCUCAGACUUGUUACUCCUGAAAAUGUUACGAACAGCAACCGAGGCAUCAAAAGACAAGGAUAAGGUCAAGAGCAAUGCUGUCCGAGCCCUGGGAAACCUCCUUCAUUUUCUCCAGCCGUCCCACAUCGCCAAUCCCAGAUUCAGCCAACCCAUCGAGGAAUCCAUCCAGGCUCUGACUUCGACGGUGCAGAGUGAUGCCACGAUGAAAGUGCGUUGGAAUGCCUGCUACGCCCUGGGAAAUGUCUUUAAAAACCCUGCCUUGCCAUUGGGAGAAGCCCCUUGGACCGGCAAGGCCUAUGACGCCCUGACGUCAGCAGUCAAAUCCUGCAAGAAUUUUAAAGUCCGCAUCAAAUCAGCCGCAGCUCUCUCCGUGCCAUCUGAGAGGAGGCAUUAUGGGACCCCCAAGCAGUUUUCUCAGAUUUGGGAGGCGCUGGUGACCGCUUUGCAGUGCAGUGAGAAUGCCGAAGACUUCUUGGAGUUCAAAUACAGCGCCAGCCUCCGAAUGCACCUGUGCCACGCUCUGCUUCGUCUGCUCAGCCUGGCCGAGGAGACUGACCUGCCGGACAUCAGGAGGACCGUGAUCGAGCAGGGAGACAUAAUUCGGGUGUAUAUGUUGCAGUAUAUGAAAUCAGGAGCUGACGGUGAGGAAGUUGGAAUAGGAGAAACCAUUCCUGAAAGGGACAGAACCCUGGAAAGGGCCAUUGAGCACGUGCGAAGGGUGGAGGAAGCCUCUGAAGGCUCCCCAGUGAAAAGGGGGACGUUGGCUUACUUAGAAGACCUCUUGAAAACCCACAACUGUUCCAUAGAAUUCACCAAAGCUUAAAAUGGCAAGAUUAAGAAGCCAAGCCAGGCCUGUGCUUAUUACGAACACCCCCCCAAAAGAAGAUUAGAGAUGAAGACUGGUAUUCAGCAGGUUCUGACCAGUUCUGGAGAACCGAUAGCGGAAAUUUUCAGAGAACCGGCAAAUACCACCUC